AUGCUUCUGCCUUGCAGUAUAGAGGUCCUAACCCAUCCUGGUAUCACUUUGAGCAGGGAUGAGAAGACGAAGCUGCAAGACUCCUUCUGCCAUCUGGGCCGCCUCUGCUUGAGUCCCCUCCCCAAGUAUCAGGUCUUCGACAAGGCAUCCCCUACCUCUUUGGACGACAAGGUGAUCGUCGUUUCUCGGUGCAAGGAUGAAGUCAUUGCGUUCCUCUCCGCCAUUUGGUUGCCCAUCACAUCCCCCGACAGGCCACUGCUUCACUCCGGCUUAACUGUCAUUCACCCGGCUCAUCGAGGGUCGGGCAUCAGCCUGGACCUAUAUGCGCAUCUCUGUCUCCACCUCAUCAACAAACUCCCUGAUGGAUUUUGGACAUCGACCCUAGCCGCAGUCAUAAGCUCCCUCGUUAACGUAUCAAUAUACACCACCCAAGUCUUCCCGUCGCCCGGAUGGUCCAGCCACCAGUCCACCGGCCAGCCUUCGGCGCAUCACCUAGCAAUCGCUCAAGAAAUCAGCGCAAACCACCGGGAUAAGAUGCUCAUAUCGCCGAGCGCAGUCUUUGACGAGAAUUCGUUUGUCUUCAGGGGCUCAAACAACUCUGAUCAAGGGGAAUCGUUUCGGAAGGACAUAGAUGACCAGUUGUACUGGCACCGCGACCAAAAGGCCAGUGCAUUUUUCAGGAAUCUUUUGAGACCUAACACGGGAGACGAGGUCCUCCAGAUCUCGUACCUGGAUCCGAAGUACCUUGCAAAGCAUAUGAAGAGUCAAAGGUUUGCGGAAAGGUACAGCGAUAGAGCUGCAAAGGUACAUCCUCUCUGA